GCUGAAAUGGUCGCCCGCUACCGACAAGCCGGUGCUAAUGGACGUGCUCAAAUGGAAGUGGAGUACGGCAAGGCUAACCUGGAUCAGCUGAUCACCGAGUACGAAUCCAAUGAAGUCAUAAAGAAGGAAUGCAAGCGCUGCCCCAGAUGCAACGCCCCCAUUCAGGUCGGCCUCCCAAACAAGGCAAUUCAGACAGAAGGUGUGAAAUCCGGAGUGUGCGAAGCCCGAUUUGGGACGACGGGAAAGCAGCGGCACUCGGUACGUUUGACUGUAAAUCCGGUAGACGCAUCCAAUGAUCGCGGCUUGGUCCUCACACUGUAUCGUGGCUGA